AUGUUUCUCCUCUACCUUCUGUCUCGUUUUUUCAAUCCGUUGAUUAACGAUAACGAUGACGAAGAAGAACCUGUCGGAAGGAGGAUGCGAUGCAGGUUUCCAACUCUUGACAAAAAGUUAGAAAAAUUCUUCGCAUGGUAUACUAGGCAUCUUCUAGUUGACUAUUAUUAUAUUUUUUUAAUUGCUCCUAUCAUUUUGACAGUCAUAUGUAGUGGUGGAUUUUAUUGGAUUAAAGAAUUAACUCUAUUGGAUGCACGGAAGUUAUACACACCGGUAUCAGCGCCAUCUUGGAGAGAGGAAGAAGUAUUCAGUGAAUUGUGGCCAGUGAAGUCUUAUGAAUUUUUACCCGAACGAACGUUUCAAUGGAAUCGAUAUCUUUAUCUAGUUGUUCAUGGAAGACCGUUUGAGAAUGGAAGUUAUCCGAAUCUUCUAGAAGGGACAUACCUUGAUGAUAUUGCAAAAAUUGAAGAAGAAAUUGUAACAAAUGUGAGUUUUCAACGAGAAGAAGCACUUGAAGACAAUCCAGCUUUGAUGAGAAAACGACACUUGAAUAUGACUGAAAUCGAAGAGAAUCAGAAUAUCACAAUCACUUUCAAGGAUGUUUGUAUGAAUUGGUAUGGAGACUGUUACCGGGAAAAGAAUGUCAUCGAACUGUUGAAAAGGCGACACGAAUUGAAUAAGAGAGGAAUAUCAGUAACAUUCCCUCAAGUCAAUCAAGAAGGAACACCAAUUUAUAUUGCAUUUGUGGUUGGAGGUGUUGACACGUUUCCGAAUGACACAAUUAAAUAUGCAAGAGCCAUGCGUCUUUGGUAUUUUUUGAAAUUUGAUGAUGACGAACAAGAACAAUUAGCGAAAUAUUGGGAGAGCACUGCUGAGAAAUACGUUCAAGAGGCAUAUGCAGAUCAUCCAACAAUUCAAUGUCACAUUAAACACUCAAGAAUUCUUGAUCAAGGAUUGACUCGAAAUGCGAAUAGACUGAAACCAUAUUUCAAUGUGACCAUAGCUGUUUUAGUUUUGUUUACUGCAUUCUAUUCCGUGAAAUGGUACUUUCGAACUGAUCAUUGUUGGCCUCUUCAUAUUGAUUGGCUCCGUUCCAAGCCAAUGCUUGCACUCGGAGGUGUUCUUUCUUCGGUUUUGGCUAUUGUGAGUGGUAUUGGCCUUCAACUUUGGUUUGGAAUGUUUUUUGCAGAGAUCACACUCAUUGCUCCGUUCCUUGUUCUUUCGAUUGGAGUAGAUGACAUGUUCAUCGCAGUGGCUGCGUGGCACAAUACAGAAAUGAAAUAUCCCGGUCGGAGUCCGAAAGUGUUGAAACAAAGAAUGGUUGAAGCAAUGUCAGAAUCAGCUGUGGCAAUAUUCAUCACUUCAUUCACUGAUGUUCUUUCAUUUGGUGUUGGAACGAUUACUGAUAUCAUUGCUGUUCAAGGAUUUUGUGCGAUGACUGCUGCCUGCAUGUUCUUUACAUUCCUCUACCAGAUCACUUUCUUUGCUGCAUUAAUGGUGAUAUCUGCAAAAGCACAAAUGUCUGGAAGAAAUUCAUGUAUGCCGUGUAUGACUGCUGAUGACAUUUACACAAUUGAAGAUGGAUCAUUACAACCGAAUCUGAAGAAGAAGUCAAAAAGUCGAAAAGAUGCAAAAGCUGAAAAUGAAGAGAAACCACAUGAAAAGAGUAUGGAAAUUGCUGAAAAUUCUGAACAGGCUGAAAAAAGAUCAUGCGAUUCCUCUCCCGAUCCUUCCCAAAUCCAUAUUCCUGUCAAAAGUCGAGGAGCUAUGGGGCACUUCUUCAGAGAUUACUAUGUUCCAUGGUUACUCAACUGGAAAACUAAACUCUUCAUGUUCAUUGUUUUUGUGUUUUACAUGGGAGGAGCUAUCUAUGGAAUAUGUGUAAUGGAACAAGGUCUUGAUUACGAUAAGUUACUCCUACAUUCGGAUCCACUAGUGGAAGCACUGAAAAGAGAAAUUGAACUGUUCCAUGGAGGAGAUCAGAUCGAAGUCGCUAUUCAAAACUGUCCAAACUUAACUAUUCCGGAAAACAGAUACAGAAUCGAAAUGGUUGCACAAGAGUUUGAAAAUAUUUCGUAUUCUCUCGGAGGAAAAGGAACAUCAUUCUGGUUGAGAGAAUACAAAAAGUACAGUAAUCUAACUGGAUCUUAUCUUAAUGACAAUCGAGAAAGUUGGAUUAUUGGAGUUUAUGAAUGGAGUCAACUUUUUGCUUUCUAUAAGUUAUGGUCACAAGAUUUCGUAUGGACGAAUGAAUCUGAUUAUGAUACUUUGGAGUUGAAAUCAUAUCGCUUCCGUAUUGGAGUUCACCGACUCUCCACUCCAACGGACUUGGUUUUAAUUACAGAAGAACUUCGUGGUGUAGCUGACAGACAUAAAGACUUAGAAAUUGUAACAUAUCAACAGAGUCGAGCAAUUGCAGAUCAAUUGAACGUGAUUCUCAGUUCCACAAUUACAAAUGAUACUUUGGCAAUGUUCUGUAUGUUCUGUGUUGCUCUGAUUUUCAUUCCAAAUCCAAUUUGCGCUCUAUUCAUUACACUAGCAAUGGUUACUAUUGAUAUCGGCGUCGUCGGUUUUCUUUCGCUUUGGAGUGUCAAAUUGGAUCCUAUAUCUAUGAUUACAAUCAUUAUGUCCAUUGGAUUCUCUAUCGAAUUUUCUGCUCAUAUCACUCAUGGAUUUGUUAGUAACGAGAACAAUCUGUCAGCAUUUGAUAGAUGUGUUGAUGCAAUGGAGAAGUUAGCAUGGCCAGUUGUCCAUGGAAGUUUAUCAACAAUUCUCGGAGUUUUCGUUCUGGCUUUCAUCGAUUCCUACAUGGUUCUGGUGUUCUUCAAGACAAUAUCACUUGUAUUAAUGAUCGGAGCGUGGCAUGCUCUGAUGCUUCUUCCUAUUCUUCUCUCAAUAUGUAUUCCCGUUAUAGAACGACUAUCUGAUGCCUCUCGGAAAGCAUCCGAUCGUCGGAGAAAGUUAAAAGAAAACAAAAACAGUAUAUAUGCAAUCAAUUUGCCAGUUAAUGUGUCUUCUUGA